GCCGACGGGCAGUGCAGACAUAGAAGUGAAGCACAGCAGUACGUAGGCUUUAGCUCUUGUGCCGCCUUUUCCGUGACGUCACCAAGCAUUAUCCAAUGAGACGUCUCGGCAAUAGGGCUCAGCCCCGGAAGUGAAAGUUCUGUCUCCCACAUGGACGCCGCUGGUGGAAUCCUUGCUUCUAUAGAUAAGAGCUGAUGUAAGCUUCUCCUGUAUGCGAUGUUACUGUCAGGACAAAUGUUUCCCCGUUACUUCAUUUGGCUUAAAACAAAUAAAUAAGCACGAACAUGGAUGAAUAAUGAAAAUGAAUCCUAAGCGAGGGCGGACAGGCCGACGGAGGAAGAAGAAAGUUCUGGAAGCAUCUCCAGUGAAUCAGAGCCAUGAAGGGCGGUAUGUCCAGCUGAUGAAGUGGAUGAAGGAGAGAGGGUUUCAGGACAAGCGGCUGAGGACGGCACACUUUUCCGAUUCCGGAAGAGGACUGAUGGCGGCUCUGCCCCUGCAACCAGGAGAGCUGAUCAUUUCCCUCCCAGAAUCCUGUCUGCUUACCACCAGCACAGUCCUCACCAGUUACCUGGCCAAGUAUAUACACAGGUGGCACCCCCCUGUGUCUCCUUUGCUGGCUCUGUGCACAUUCUUGGUCCUGGAGAGGUACAAUGGAGAUCAGUCAGCAUGGAAGCCAUACUUGGAUGUAUUACCCAUCGCCUAUGAUUGCCCGGUAUACUGGAAAGCGGAGACAGUGAAUUAUCUGCCAGAACCUGUUAGACAGAAAGCCGUGGAGCAGAGGAGCGCUGUCCGUGAAUUCUACUCUUCAGCAUUGCCGUUCUUCAAGUCUCUGAAUUCCUUGUUUCCUGGGAACCUGGAGAACAUACUAACCUAUGACGCUGUGCGGUGGGCCUGGUGCACGGUGAAUACCAGGACAGUGUAUAUGAAGCAUGCACAUAGGGAAUGUUUUUCUGCUGAUCCUGAUGUGUACGCUCUGGCGCCAUAUUUAGAUCUACUGAACCACAGUGCAGGGGUGCAGGUGGAAGCUGCUUUCAAUGAGAAGAAUCGGUGUUAUGAGAUCAGGACUAUGGCUCCUUGCAAGAAGUAUGAACAGGUGUUUAUAUGCUAUGGACAUCAUGAUAACCAGCGCCUCCUCUUGGAGUAUGGCUUUAUUGCAGCUAGCAAUCCUCAUCAAAGUGUGUAUGUGACAAGAGAUGUCAUCCUUCAUUAUGUGUCCAGAAAAGACAAACAGUUAAAGAAGAAAUGGUCGCUGCUUAAAGAAAAUGGCUUCUUAGAAAACCUGACAUUUGGACAAGAUGGUCCCUCCUGGAGGCUCCUUACUGCAUGCAGACUACUGUGCCUGGGAGCAGAUGAAUUCACAUACUGGAAAAAAGUUCUUCUGGGAAGUUUAGUUUCCGAGUCCAACGAACAGGCCUCCAUGGAACUUGUGAGGAAAAUCUGCCUCCAUUUACUAGAAGAGACCUCCCGCGCUCUGGACGAGACAUCUUCUCGGAAAAGCGAAAAGUCUGCAGACCCUCACCUUGCUCUAGUGGAAGCGUUAAGACAAGAGGACAUGAAGAUUCUGACCUCUUCAGCCAAAAUUGUGCAGCAUGGAGGCACAAGUACAGUGUAACUGGAAUGACGGAGUUAAGAUACAGUCAUGGCCAUAAAUGUUGGCACCCCUGAAAUUUUUCAAGAAAAUGAUGUAUUUGUCACGGAAAAGGAUUGCAGUAACACAUGUUUUGCUAUACAC